AUGUCUGCCACGUCGUUUUGCAGCUUCUAUACCUGAUCGUGAGAGUUGAGCCGGCAUGAGCCUUGGAGCUGAUGGAAGUUUUCUCCUGCAGAAGCGAGAACGCCACAUCCGUAGUGGCCGCGGUGCAGGAACGCGCAGCCAACGGGCAUGAUGGCCCUUCUAUGGCGCACCGUACGCCAUCGAUGAAACUCGGGCUGCCUCGACGACAUGUCCACGACGCAUUCCUGACCACCGGAAAGCUCUUCUUUCUCCUUGCGCAUCCUCCUCUCCUAUCGUCUCCCUCCUCCUACACCCGCUCACUCGCUACAGGGAUUCCAGCUCCCGCCAUUGACUAAACCCUCAGGACGUCAUCUAUACAAAACUGCUUUCGCCUGCGGCGGACUGCACCCGCGCGUUUCAGUCUCAGUCUCUCGCUCGCUCCCCCGAAUCACAUCAUCUCACUACAAGCCACUACUCUCUAAUCCCCGGGGUGCCAGGCGCACUAUCGAUCCCGGUGAACGACUGCAGCUGGCUAGCUUCACGAGCUGUUUCUAGACCAGCUCAAAGAUUCACCAACGGCCGCGGAUCUGCUGCAUACCAUACGCGCAUUCACUCGCUCGCGCGAACCUUCAUUUCCACUUCCAGGCAGUUUCACCUGAGGCGGCAGCUCAUCCUUGAGCAUGUCAUCCCACCUUCACGCCCGCCCUUCGCAAACAAAACGCUUUUCUCGCGAAGGCUUCCAGCCCAUUCCUGCAACCCACGGCGACAAUAUGGGUUACAGCAACAACAUGGCCUACGGCGGCAAUGACGCGACCAUCGACAUUCCACUCGAGCAAGUGCAGACUCAUGCGAGCAGUGGCGGCGGACUUCGCAAUGCGAGUGCCACGGUCGAGAAUCUGCAACCCACAAACCCGAUCAACGAGAAGCAGAGCACAGGAGGCUUCUUCCGAGGUCGAAGGAAGAAGACGCAGAAUGAUGCGCGGAAGGGCUAUGAAGAAGAAGCCGACACAUUGACGACGAUGGGCAAGAUCUACAACAAGAUUUUGAACUUCUCCAUCGUGACGCGGUACUUUGUCUACGUGCUGCCUCUGGGUCUUCUGAUUGCCAUUCCAAUCAUCGUGGGCAGCUUCUACAGCGACGAGCGCUCGCCCAAGAUUGCUGGCGUGCGCAUGGUCUGGUUCUUCACAUGGGUCGAAGUGGUCUGGUUGAGCUUAUGGGUCAGCAAGCUGCUCGCCCACUUCUUGCCGUUUGUAUUUCAGAUGCUGGUCGGAGUGGUGAGCUCGGGCGUCAGGAAAUACGCGAGCGUCAUCCGCAAACUCGAGAUCCCACUUUCGCUGGUCGGAUGGGCUGUCACGAGUUUGGCGACGUUCAAGCCGUUGAUGACGAGGAACCCGUACAACAGUCAGGCUCGAUUCGCUCUCAACACCGGUGCUGGCACGUGGGUGGACAUUGUGCAAAAGGUUUUGGCUGCGAGUGUGGUGUGUACGCUGGUGUUCUUGGGUGAAAAGACGAUCAUCCAGCUCAUCAGCAUCAAUUACCACGCGAAGCAGUUCAAUGGCAGGAUCAAGGACUCUAAGCGACGAAUUUACAUCCUUGGAUUGCUGUACGAUGCCUCGAAGGCUAUCUUCCCGCAAUACUGCCGGGAGUUCGCAGAGGAAGACUAUGCUAUCGCGGAUCAGAUCAAUUUGGCUGUUUUCGGGGGAAAGAAGAAGGCACACAAUCACCGCCGUUCUGGGUCUGCCACUCCUAUGAAGAUGUUGCAGACUGUUGGACGCGUCGGCGACAAGGUUACUUCUGCGUUCGGCAAUGUCGCAUCUGAGAUCACUGGCAAAGAGGUUUUCAACCCGAACAGCUCUCACUCAAUUGUCGUGGAAGCACUUGAGAAGAAGCGCACAUCUGAGGCUUUGGCGCGCCGCAUCUGGAUGAGUCUGGUCGUCGAAGGCAGCGAGUCCCUCUCCGAGGAAGACAUCAUCGAAGUGCUUGGGCCAGAUCGUCGACAUGAAGCAGAAGAGGCAUAUUACAACCUAGACCGCGAUGGAAACGGAGACAUUUCGCUUGAUGAGAUGAUUCAGACUGUCGUCGAAUGGGGCCGCGAGCGUAAGGCGAUUGCCAACUCUAUGGCUGACGUUGCGCAAGCUAUCAGUGUCCUUGAUCGCAUGUUGUGUACGGUCGUGCUGGUCGCGGUCGUCUUCAUCUUUAUUGCGUUCCUCAACACCAACUUCGUUACCACCCUGGCCACUACCGGUACAGCGCUUCUUUCGCUGUCUUUCGUCUUCUCCGUCACCGCACAGGAGAUUCUCGGAUCUUGCAUUUUCCUUUUCGUCAAGCAUCCCUUUGAUGUCGGUGAUCGCAUUGACAUCAAGGACGAGGCUUUCGUCGUUGAGCACAUCAGCUUGCUCUACACUGUCUUCAAGCGAGCAUACGGAACCAAGACUGGCCAGCUUUGCCAAUACCCAAAUGUGGUCUUGAACAGCUUGUCACUGGACAACGUUAGCCGCAGUACUGCACAGACCGAACAUAUUACCCUGGACAUUGCAUUCGAGACGAGCUUCGACGAUAUACAGAUCCUCAAGAACGAGCUUCACAAGUUUGUCACGGACAAGGAGAACAACCGCGACUUUCAGCCAGAUGUGGAGGUCGAAGUGCUUGGUACUUCAGACAUGUCUAAGCUACAGCUCAAGGUUGAAAUUCGACACAAGAGCAACUGGUCGAACGAGACGCUUCGUGCGGCAAGACGCAGCAAGUUUAUGUGCGCUCUGGUUGCAGCACUUCGAGUUGUGCCAAUCUAUGGACCGGGUGGAGGUGUUGAUGCAGCUGGCAGCGCGGCCAACCCGAACUAUGCUGUCACGAUCUCCGACUCGGAAGCUAAGGAGAAUGCACAGCACACGGCCGAUGAGAGGGAGAAAGCACGUCUGGUGCCAACGAAGAAGAUCGAAGAGGCCAAGGCAUCUGGCGCAGCUGUGAGCGAAAACGCAGCAAGAAGUGCUCCUGGCGUUAGCUUUCAGGACCCGGCAAUCGGUGGAUUGAACGCUCGUGAUCCAGCGAGAGACGAUGCCCGAGACACCGCGUGGGCAACGGGCCGCGAUGACAGCACCAGCACGCUCGGAGAGCGGCCAAGCUACGACCAGCAAGAUCUGAACGAUGUGCGUGGCCUUCUCGAGCGUGCGAACACGCGUGGUAGGAGGAAGCCAAGCGUCAGAGGUGGCGGACCUAGUGUGCCCUCCAUUCAAGAACCACAAGUCGGGCAGUCCACCACAGGCUACCCUGCGCCGUACAGGCCCAACGUCGCUACCCAACCACCGCAGUACCAGCCUUCGCAGAGCACCCUGCCAACGGGUUUCGGCUCUCCGGUAGAAAUGAGCCAGCUCCCACAGCGCAGCACGAGCAAUCCUUACAGGCAACAGCAGCCCGGACAAGGACAGCUCAACCCUAAUACUGGACGAGUUGACGAAGAUGAUGACGGUUUCGGUAACACACGACCAUAUUCGGGAGUCUAGAGGACUAGCAUGGAGGAAGAUGAGUACGAGUAUGAUUUUAGACAAGCGCUGGGGCAUCCCUAUAGCCGUGGCAUAGCGAGGCGAGUGCAACGAGAAAGCAGGCGGCUAUGACAGCCUUCCUUGUACCAGCAUCAAAAGUUUGGCCGAAGUGCUCUGGCCACUCCGUGUUAGAUCGCGUUUUUCAUGAACUUUUUCUCUGUA